CGGCGGGACGAUGAGCGACAGCGGGGAGCAGAACUACGGCGAGCGGGAAUCCCGUUCUGCUUCCAGAAGCGGAAGUGCUCAUGGGUCUGGCAAGUCGGGGAGGCACACCCCUGCAAGAUCUCGAUCUAAGGAGGAUUCCAGGCGUUCCAGGUCAAAAUCUAGAUCCAGGUCUGAAUCCAGAUCUAGAUCAAGGAGGAGUUCCCGUAGACACUACACAAGAUCACGCUCUCGUUCCCGCUCUCAUAGGAGAUCCAGAAGUAGGUCUUACAGUCGGGAUUAUCGGCGACGACACAGUCACAGCCAUUCACCCAUGUCUACUCGCAGACGUCAUAUUGGAAACAGGGCAAAUCCUGACCCAAAUUGUUGUCUUGGCGUGUUUGGAUUGAGUCUGUACACCACAGAAAGAGAUCUGAGAGAAGUUUUCUCCAAGUAUGGUCCAAUUGCUGAUGUUUCCAUUGUUUAUGAUCAGCAGUCUCGGCGUUCAAGAGGAUUUGCAUUUGUGUACUUCGAAAACGUUGAGGAUGCUAAGGAAGCAAAGGAACGUGCCAAUGGAAUGGAGCUGGAUGGAAGAAGGAUCCGGGUAGACUUCUCCAUAACAAAAAGACCUCACACACCUACCCCUGGAAUCUAUAUGGGAAGACCCACUUAUGGCAGCUCACGACGGCGAGAUUACUAUGACAGAGGGUAUGAUAGAGGGUAUGAUGAUCGUGACUAUUACAGCAGAUCAUACAGAGGAGGUGGCGGCGGUGGUGGAGGAGGAUGGAGAGCUGUUCAAGACAGGGAUCAGUUUUACAGGAGGAGGUCCCCAUCCCCGUAUUACAGCCGAGGGGGCUACAGGUCUCGAUCCAGAUCUCGAUCCUAUUCACCUCGUCGCUAUUAAAGCAUGACGUGUAGAGGAAUUUCUAGCUACAGCCUUUGAGUUGAAAUUGCAAGUUUGUGGACAAUAUUUUUAUUGUCUCUUCUGUUUAAACAAGUGAACAGUGCCUAGUGAAUAGGUGACUUUUACACCUUUUAUGAAGACUACUUCUGUGAUGUUAAAUGCUGUUUCAUUCUGCAUAUUUGUGUAGUUUGGUGCUUUGUUUCCAGUUGUGUUUUGAAAGGAGUAUGUUUUGCAUGUAUUUUUUUAGUCUCAAUUUUGACUCCUGAAAGGUUUCUAUUGUAAAGACAAAACUGUUCAGUUAGUUUUUUCUACUGAUUCCAAGGUAUUCUGAAGAUCAAAACCUGUGUAAAACGCUUUCAAAAAGUGAAAAAAUAAAAUAAAAAGAAGUUUGGUUUUUCUUUUCCUACUUA